CGUUCGAGCACGUAAUUACAUCUGCAACGCAUGAAUGACUGAAUAAACACAAUUCAUAGUGGUAUUUCAAGCUUAAACGGCUGCCACGACCUGUGUAAAAUGAAUGUAUAUAUUUCAUUGUAAAGUAUACAUUUACUUUUUAAUCUCUUGUAUGUAACAUAGAAAACUACAUUACCCAGAAAGCCUUAGUAAAGAAACACUCUUGUGAUUGGCUGAUUGCGCUAUUGCAUUGUGGGUACCCGCGAAACUCGUCUUCUCCAUUUCGAUAACUUCGUUUUAACACCACUUAAGUUUAUUAUUAAUAUUGUUAUAAAUUCGCGGUAUGUCGUCGCCACCUCCAUGUUGUUAAAAUAUCAUUUGCGCUACCAGUUGUCGUUUUAUUCACCCUUUUGACCAGGCUUCCGGUGAAGUUUAAAGCCCCUCGUUGACGGCUAUGCUACCUGAGCUAAGCUAACCAAUUAAUUAGUUUGGGAGUGGGGAGAAAAAUGUCGUCGUCGUGGCUUCAGCAGCAGCGGCAUCCAGGCUACGAGGAGGAGAGUCUGCGGAGGGUGGCCGAGCAGCUACCGUGUCGGGAGCCCCAAGCCGGAAUGCUGCUGUUUCUCAUGGGAGAGCCUAAGCAGUACAGCUUGCCUUGCAUCUUCAUCUACGGUCAUCGUGCCUCGGGGAAAAGUCACGUGGUGAAUAUUCUUCUGAAGGAACUGGAGACGCCUCACGCCACAGUCAGCGGCGCCGAGUGCAUCUCCGCCACCCUGCUCUUCCAACAAGUCCUACUGUCCUUCUUUGGCGAAGACGCAGUUGCCGCUCUUCCCCGCAGCCCGUCGCUUUCCGAUUUCGUCCGCAUCUACAAGCAGCAUUGCUCACGGGCCACCGCUGAGCAGACGCGUUACAUCGUGCUGGAGAAAGCAGAGUUGCUGCGAGACAUGGAUGCUAACUUGCUCUCGACUCUUGUGCGUCUGCAGGAAUUGGUGGAGGACAACGUGAGCGUCCUGCUGCUCAGCGAGCUGGUGUGGGACACGUUCCGGCCAAACACGGGCUGCCUGGAGCCUCUGCUGCUUCACUUCCCCGACUACACUAAAGCUGAGCUGCACCAGAUCUUGUCCCGAGAUAGACACCCAUCCUAUUCCGCCGACUUCUACGCCUCCUACAUCCACAUCCUGCUGGGCGUCUUCUACGCCGUGUGCCGGGACCUCAGAGAGCUGCGCCACCUGGCUGCACUCAACUUUACUAAAUUCUGCGAGCCUGUGGCUGAAGGGAAAGCCACAGAGAGCGACACGCACAAGCUGUGGCGACACAUCGAGCCUCACUUAAAGAAAGCCAUGCAAACGGUUUACCUGAGGGAGGUAUCUAGCCUCGAAUGGGAGAAGAUGCAGGAAGUGGAAAUGGAAGCAAGCCCUUUAAGAGGUUUGUCUGCUCACAGCCAUGUGGAGCUGCCGUUUUAUUCCAAGUUCUUGCUGAUCGCCGCCUACCUGGCAUCCUACAACCCCGCCCGAACGGACAAGCGCUUCUUCGUCAAACAUCACGGCAAAAUAAAGAAGACCAACUUCCUAAAGAAGAAUGAGAAGACGAGCAACCACCUGCUGGGCCCCAAACCUUUCCCUCUGGACCGCAUGCUGGCUAUUUUUUACAGCGUGGUGGACAGCAGGGUGGCGCCCACCGCCAGCAUCUUCUCUCAGAUCUCCUCGCUGGUCACCUUGCAGCUGUUGACGCAGGUCAGCCAUGUGGACCAGCUGGACUCUCCCAAGUACAAAUGCGCCGUCUCCAUGGACUUCAUCUGCGCUAUUUCCAGGACGGUGAACUUUGACAUCAUCAAGUAUCUGUAUGACUUCCUGUGAGACAUUUUCAUUCGAUCACUGUGUGGUCAUUCCAAAAUAAAUUGCUCCACUUUCACAGAA